AUGUUGGAGGACAGGUCAAGCCUCUGGGAAGAGUUUAACAAGUUACCGAAACUUGACGAGUCAAACGCAAAAAAUGAAAAGCUACUCUACGACAAUAUGAUGCGUGCUAGAAGUCGUCAUGCUUCUACAAAUGUGCGCAUUCCGAUAAAAAAUCUUAGCACGAGUCGCGAACAUCGCAGAGAAAGUGUUGAUCUAGACUGGAUCAUAUGCACUGAUGGUGUGAAUGUACCUGAGGCUAAAGUGACCUCAUGUGGGCAAAAGACUGAAAUGAAACCUCACAUAUGUGUAAAUAGGGGAGAUACCCUCCCGUCUUGUGAGCAAGCGCAGCAGACUGCUGUUGAAUCCCAUAAUGUUACUGCUUCAACUUCUCAGGAAACAAAUCAAAAACCUAGACUGGAUUGGAUUAUUGAUACUAAACCGGAACAUUACGUACCAUAUGACGAGGAUGAAGCGUCACCUUUGGAGCAUCUCCUAAACGAGGCCGAGGAUGUGGAAGACGAGAAGCUUCUAAACACAGCGCUUUGCUCAAUCCGUGAAAAUACAUUGGUGGCAGAAACUGUGCAAGCAUGA